AGGAGGUUAGCAAACUGCAUCAGCCGGGGAGGCUGUGGCUACGUCACGGGGAGGGCUCGCCAGGCUUCCGCAGCGAGGCAGGGCCACAGCAGGGGCCAGAACAAGGCUGCCUCCUCCCAUGCCGGAGGUCGCACAAAAGCUCCGCGAGUUCCCAGCAAACCCCACAGGGACGUCCUGAGGCGAGUCCGCGGGAGCGGCGGCGCCACACACGGGCCCGGCCCGCCCCUUCCGCUCCCGAGCAGCGUGGCGGCCCGUCGCUCGCCCCGGAUUGGGCGCUGGGGCUAGGGGGCCACCGCGAUUGGUCGAGGGCUGACAACGUCAGGGGGCGGGGCCCACGCCGUGAGCGGGGUAGCAUGCCGCCGGCCGGCGCCCUGCGAGCGACCCUGUGGAGGAGGAGCGCCAUGAACUGGAGCCUUUUGGAACCGCGGCCCCCCGGGAAGCGGUGGCUGGUGGCCGGCCUGGGAAAUCCUGGACUGCCCAGCACGCGGCACAGCGUGGGCUUGGCGGUGCUGGGGCAGCUGGCGCGGCGGCUGGGGGUGGCAGACGGCUGGGCACGGGACCGGCGCUGCGCCGCCGACCUCGCCCUGGCCUCGCUCGAUGAUGCCCAGCUGGUCCUGCUUCGGCCUCGGCGGCUCAUGAACGCCAACGGGCGCAGCGUGGCCCGGGCGGCGGAGCUGUUUGGGCUGACUGCUGAGGAGGUCUACCUGGUGCACGAUGAGCUGGACAAGCCCCUGGGGAAACUGGCCCUGAAGCUGGGAGGAAGCUCCAGGGGCCACAACGGAGUCCGUUCCUGCAUUAGCUGUCUCAAUUCCAGUGCAAUGCCGAGGCUGCGGGUGGGCAUCGGGCGCCCGACAGAACCUGAUACAGUGAAGGCCUACGUGCUAGGCUGUUUCUCCGCCGCUGAGCAGGAACUGCUGCCUCCAUUGCUGGAGCGAGCUACUGACCUGCUCCUGGACCACAUCCGUGAGCGAAGCCAGGGCUUGUCGUCAGGCUUUCACAUCCAUGAACACAUGCCUGCCUGACCACCACGCCCACACACCCAGCCCCGUUUACAGAGGUGCCAUGCCAACCUGUGGUAUCCACUUUUUAUAGAACUCUUCUCUGGGCUGCCUCAGGCUGCCUAUAGAUUGAAGAGGGUACUGUGGCUGCAAUGGUCCACUUCUGGGGUGGGGAUUAGUCUUCUCUCUGUGUCUUACUUGGAAAGUGGAGAAACUUCAGGAAGAGUAAACUUUUUGAACCUUUUUGGAGAA